GAGUCGUCCUCGGGGAGGCUAUUUCUACAUCCGACGUCCCACUUGAUUCAUCACGACUGCCUACGGGAUGGGCCAGCACAAGCGAGACUGGCACGAGGCAAGGUAGAAAGGCUUCCGGCCUUCACUGUCGAAGUCGUGGGCCACUUUGCCAGACCGCUCUGCCCAGAACAUCUGCACUCCCUUCUGCGUCCCGGCGACGUGGUGGUCAUCGAGCUUCCCCAGCGGAUGAAUGGAGGACGAACAUGCAGAUGGGAGACUCUAAUGGAGAUCCGCCGACUCACGGCAGAGUCGGGUGCGCGGCUGCACAUGGAUGGUGCCCGCCUUUUUGAGGCAAAGCCAUUCUACGGCCGUGAUGUUCGGGAAAUCUGCGCCUUGUUUGACUCUGUGUACAUCUCCUGGUACAAGGGUUUUGGAGGCAUGGCCGGAGCACUUCUGGCAGCCUCCGACUCCCUGAUCUCCCUGGCCGCAGACUGGCGCAGUCGGCUGGGGGGUGGCCUCUUCACCUUUACCCCUCAGUGGCUGGAUGCCAGGGAGCAGCUCCGGUGCCAUCUGGGUUCCUUCACUCAGCGCUUCCUGCGGCUUCAGGAGCUGGUUGAAGCCAUGACGGCCGAACCUGCGCUGAGCCUCUUCCUGCGCUUCGAACCACCUGCGCCCGAGUCCUGCCUGAUCCACGUCUACCUCAAAGGCAGUGAGGACAUGCUGCAGGCGGCUCACGAUGGCGUACUGAAUGCUUUGGGGCUGAAACUCUGGAACCGCCUGCGCGGUGUCGGCUACCCUGCGAGCUUCUGCGAUGAUGACGAGGAGGCCCAAAGUGAGGCCGGUGAGUGCUACUUCGAAUUCAACAUGGGCCCUGCAAAUGCUCAGAUUCCCAUCUCGACCUUCUUGGAAGGAUGGC